GAGUUGAAGUCCGCCAGGCUUAAAGUUGCCAAGGUUGGAGGCCCCUGCUUUAGAGCCCUGGGGUUUUACACCCUCUCCUCCCACCCAGCCAUCCAGAUCUGAUCUCAGCCAAUAUCAACUUGGGGCUGCCAAACUCUAAGCUUACAAGGAGGAUACUCUUGGUUGCAUCCCUGCUGAAGGGACCUCAUGAAGAUAUUUCUUUUGGCUUUCUCGGUUCCCUCUCUCCAUUAAAAGAAUAGUAAUAAGAACGCUAUUUAUCUCUAUGUCAAAUAAGUCAAAUGGGCCUUAGGAAAUCUGAGCAACAACAAAGCUAGUGGAGGAGACAGUAUUCCAGCUGAGCUAUUCAAAAUCUUAAAAGACGACGCAGUAAAAGUGCUACACCCAAUUUGCCAGCAAAUUUGGAAAACUCAGCAAUGGCCACAGGAUUGGAAAAGGUCAGUUUACAUUCCAAUUCCAAAGAAAGGCAAUGCCAAAGAAAGUUCAAACUAUCGCACCAUUGCACUCAUUUCACAUGCUAGUAAGGUUAUGCUUAAAAUCCUACAAGCUAGGCUCCAGCAGUAUAUGGAUCGAGAACUACCAGAAGUACAGGCAGGAUUUCGUAGAGGCAGAGGAACUAGAGAUCAAAUUGCCAACAUACGCUGGAUCAUGGAGAAAGCUAGGGAGUUCCAGAAAAACAUCUACUUCUGCUUCAUUGACUAUGCUAAAGCCUUUGAUUGUGUGGAUCACAACAAAUUGUGGCAAGUUCUUAAAGAGAUGGGAGUACCAGACCAUCUUAUUUGUCUCUUGAGAAACCUGUAUGCGGGUCAAGAAGCCACAGUGAGAACUGGACACGGAACCACUGAUUGGUUCAAAAUUGGGAAAGGAGUCCGGCAAGGCUGUAUACUAUCACCCUGCCUAUUUAACUUAUAUGCAGAACACAUCAUGAGAAAGGCGGGGCUAGAUGAAUCAAAAAUUGGAAUUAAGAUUGCCGGAAGAAAUAUCAACAACCUCAGAUAUGCAGAUGAUACCACUCUAAUGGCAGAAAGCGAAGAGGAACUAAAGAGUCUCUUGAUGAACGUAUCUUUUCUUUUAUGUACACUGAGAGCAGAUGCACCAAGACAAAUUCCUUGUGUGUCCAAUCACACUUGGCCAAUAAAAAUUCUAUUCUAUUCUAUUCUAUUGAUGCGGGUGAAGGAGGAGAGUGCAAAAGUUGGCUUGAAACUCAACAUUAAGAAAACUAAAAUCAUGGUAUCCGGCCCUCUCAAUUCCUGGCAGAUAGAUGGUGAAGAAAUGGAGCUAGUGACAGAUUUUAUUUUCCUGGGCUCCAAGAUCACCGCAGAUGGGGACUGCAGCCAAGAAAUUAAAAGACGCUUGCUCCUGGGGAGGAAAGCUACGACAAAGUUAGACAGCGUACUAAAUAGCAGAGACAUCACCCUGCCAAUAAAAGUGCGUAUAGCCAAGGCUCUGGUUUUCCCAGUUGCAAUGUAUGGCUGUGAAAGUUGGACCAUAAGGAAGGCUGAGCGCCAAAGAAUGGAGGCCUUUGAACUCUGGUGCUGGAGAAGACUCCUGCGAGUCCCUUGGACUGCAAGGCAAUCCAACCGGUCAGUCCUAGAGGAGAUCAACCCUGACUGACUGCUCUUUAGAAGGACAGAUCCUGAAGAGGAAACUCAAAUACUUUGGCCACCUAAUGAGAAAGAAGGACUCACUGGAGAAGAGCCUAAUGCUGGGAACGAUGGAGGGCAAAAGAAGAAGGGGACGACAGAGAACGAGGUGGCUGGAUGGAGUCACUGAAGCAGUAGGCAUGAGUUUAAAUGGACUCCAGAGGAUGGUAGAGGACAGGAAGGCUUGGAGGAAUGUUGUCCAUGGGGUCGCGAUGGGUCGGACACGACUUCGCAACUAACAACAACAACAAAUUUAUCUCUAUAUUUAAAACCAAAAACCACUCAUGCAGCGACCAAGAAAUCUCCAGAACCGUAAAGCCUACAAACUUGAAAUAUGCCACGUAUGUUCCUCUUGGCUGCUAGGUGCUCGCAAAGAAAGGAUUUUUCAAAAUCACUAUCAGAGCAUUAGUAUUUCUUAUAUUGUUGUUAACAAGCUCUGAUGCUAAUUAGUUAGACGUUCUACUCCCCCUCCAAACCUGAAAAUAACUGUGGAGAGAAGGAGAUAGGAUAGGGGAGGCUUCUGUGGGGCAAGGCUGAGGGAGAGAAGGGGAGAGGAGAGGAUCUGUAGGGCUAGUUUGAGGGUGUUGUGGUCCGCCAGCAGUCCUCCCUCCUGACAGGAAGUCGGACAGUGAGGAGGCUGGGGAGGACCAUGGCCAGUCCUGGAGUCAGGGGAAGGCCCAGAUGAGGGCUCUGCAUCGGAGGCAGGGGUGGGGCCAGGGCCAUCUGGGAGCAAUGUGCAGACUCCGGAGACUCCAAAGGCAGAUAGCUGAGAGGCAGAGGACGCAUGCAAAGAGCUGCCAGAAGGCAAGAGCAGCUGAAGAAAAAAGGACAACUCAGGAGUAAAGCCCGAAGGUGACUGGCCCCUCCCAUAAGGCUUAAAAGACCAGCAAUGAGCCUUGGGUUCUUUGUAGGAAAGCAAUGUUGAUUUCCAUGCUUCUUGUCAGCGUCUCUUGAACUUUGUGGGGGGUUUGCCAAGAAAAGCCUUUGGCAGGUUGCCAAAGACAUCAAAGGUUGGUGAUAAGGCCGAUGAACUAGUUAUUAAGGAUUUGGUUUUGGGGGAAGCUGAGAAUGAAUGAAUUCUCAGCUGUUUUAAUAAAAUAAGUUUGUGGAGGACUGAAUCGUGUUUAAUAAUCACUACUUGGUCCUUGGUCACAACCGAGGGAGAGAAGGGGAGAGGAGAGGCCGAUGGUAACUACUCAUUAAUUUUCAAACUGUGUCGAUUUAUCAAGCCCAGUCAUGUAGUUUCGUAGAGGAGCACGGGGUAUUCAGCUAGUUCUUCAUAGUAUUAAGAGUUAUAUUUCAGACACCUCUCCAUAUUUUCUUCCUAUUUUUACAGAGAAAUGAGGAACGCUCACUGUAUUUUCUUAAAAGAGUUAACUCUAGGGAGUCCUCGGCUUACGACCAAAAUUGAGCUCAAAAAUUCUUUUGCUAAGCGAGACAGUUAUUAAGUGAGCUUGGCCUCAUUUUACAACCUUUCUGGCCUCAGUUGUUAAGCGACGUGGCUUUUUUCACACUUAUGACCGUCGCAGCAGCUCCACGGUCACGUGAUCAAAGUUCAGACAUUUGGCAACGGACUCAUAUUUAUGACGGUUGCAGACUCCCGGGGGUCCCGUGAUUCCCCUUUUGCAAAUGUCUGAGGAGCAAAGUCGGUGGGGAGAGCCAGAUUCACUUAACAACCAUGUGACCCACUUAGCAACCGCAGUGACUCACUUAACAACUGAAAGGCAAUGCAGGUCAUAAAGUGAGGCAAAACUCAUUUAAGAAAUGUUUCACUUAGGAACAGACAUGUUGGGGGGGGGGCUCAGUGGUGGUCGUAAGUCGAGGACUGACUGGAAGGACGCAUAUCUGGAUUCGAACCAGGGACAAAGUUCAUAUCAGGGGAGUUUGUCCUCCCAGAAUGCUCUGGGGCAGACCUCCAAAUGACCUGAAAGGAAGGGCUGAAUUCUGCCUUUCCCCGCAAGCCCGCGGGAGAACCGGAAGUGAGUCUUGCGGGGUACUCUACGCUUGUAGUUUUUCUGUGUCUGUUUGAAGAGGGGAGGGCCCGUCCAACGGCGCGCGCGCGCCUUUUCAUUGGUCCGCACCGGGCGACUCUUCCGCCUGAAGGAGGAGGAGCAAUAAAGGAGCGAGCUUCGCGAUAGGGCAAGCAGAGACCUCCAUCAGUCGUGCGGGCAAAAGAGGCGGGGUUUCGUUCGGCUGAAGCGACAUCGGGUUAGGUUGAGCUCGCUGGGAGCAAGUUGCGGUGCGCUUGCAAACAAGGAGCGGUGGCUGUUUUGCAACUUAGGCGGAAGUCCCAAUGAAGUCUUUCAAGCAACUCCGCCUGACAGCGAGCGAUUGUGAAGUUCUUCGGCAGAGCCCAGAAGGCACAGCCGCCCUGACACAGCCCCUCAGCCAGAGACCAGGCAGCCAAGAUUCCUGUAGGCGCUUGGCCCAACUCCUCGGAGGAGGAGGAAGUGUUCUAAAGGCCACCAAAGGACCAUCACAGAUUACUUCAGGGGUAGAUCCCACAUCUCGCCGUGCUCCAGUAAGAUGGCGGAAAGCCAGCAACCCAAAGUUGAGGAACCUCUGGAGAACUUCGCUCGUGACUCGGCGUCCGACUCGGACGGCUCUUGCAGUCUUCUUGACGAUGGAAGGGACACGUCGGCGGCCCCCAAGAAACGGUCACGUUUCUCCCUGGGACCUAGCGACUCCGACGAUGGAAGCGCUGGCCGAGAGGUCCAAGGACACAAACCGUGGUUGGUGAGGCUUCCUGAAGAGAGCUCAGGCGAUGGAACGGUCAAGCAGGAAGUUCAAGAUUUUGAGCUGGAUCCACUUCCCGAUGUCCACUUUGGGCUUUUAGGAACCACAUCUGGGGAGGAUGUACCUCAGGGAACCAUGGAGAAACUGCCAGAUGAAAUCCUUCAGCAGAUCUUUGCCCUGGUACCCGUGGUUGAUCUGCUCCAGAACCUCUGCCUGGUGUGUCGACGUUGGAAGCGUAUCAUCUCUGAC